CUUUUACAUUUUAGAGAAACUUCUCCCCCUCUGACGCAUGCAACCCGUUCGACAACUAAAGCAUGAUGUAGCAACGUGUUAGACCAAUCAAAAAUUUGUAGUAGGCUGCCUGCCCUCUUUUUGCUAGCAGUCCAAAGCGAGAGCUGUACGUGAACAGGUCGUGAGCGGUGGAUCCAUCGCCGAUUUUAGAGGCCGCCGAAAUGUAAAUUACUUUAAUUUAUUUUUUUAAAUUCUUCUUUAAUAAAUGCCUAGAAAACUAGUGUAUACUUGGUUUAGUGAAAAAGUUGUGUGGAAAAUUUAUCUGAAAUUAUAUACGAUGUAUCGUCAGGCCAUUCUGCAAAUUCUCCCUAAAUGGCAUUUUUGGAACAACAGAGUAUGUUUUUCUGAUAUGCGACUUAAGGAGAAGUUUCAGAAGACCUUAAAAGUUAUCAAGGAAAACAACAGAGCUCAAAAAUUCUGUGGUAUUCUCAUAAACGCUAAAGAAGUCACUCAAGAAUCUAAUUGUAUCUCUCUUCACCCUCCCGUAGAAUUUUCCCUGAACAAAGAUGAGUUAGAAGCUCAUUCAAUUAUCUGUGAGCUAAAAGAAGUCAUUCAUAAAGAUAAGCCUGAAUAUAUUCUAAUUGAUACGAUCUUAAAAGCACUUAGAAAUAGCUCUAAUGAGACACGUCAGCAGCUCAUUUCACUUCUUUUUAGUAUUGAUACGGUUAAUUUCCUGAAUCCCAAGAUCCAGAGUUCAAAAGAAUACUUAAAAUAUUUUAUAAGUGAUGUUGAAUGCUUUUUUAGAAAUGCAAAUAAGUUAAAUCUUAUUAGGAUUUUAGAUACACGAGGAGCUUUAAAAUUGGUUGAAGCUAGAUUAUUUGAUCAUUAUGAGGGAAAUAUUUUAAAUGAUGGAACAAUCUCUAUUCGGCAUUCCAUCUGUUAUCUGCAUUCAAUAGUGUCCAAUCUAAUUUUUGAGGAAGGUAAGCAUUCUGAUGAUCAUAAUAGAGAAAUCGAAGCUUUAAUGUCUGAUGCUGCUUCACUAAUUUCAACUAGAUUGUUACUACUGAACAGUGCCUCAAAAUCUAUUAUAGAGAAAUGUUUAUUGGCACGAAGAUCUUCGCUUGCUAUUGACAGAGAUGAUUUUGAUCUCGAAGAGUUUUAUUUGCGACAGUUUAGAGAUUGCUACAAUUUUUUGGACGUGGUAAAUAUGAACUUUUUUGUAAUAUUUCUUUAAAAAGUGACAAUGUUCUUGAACAUUGAUAUUUCGUGUACCGUUUUUAGGGGUAAGGAUAGUCAAGCUUUACCUUCUGUGAAGCCCCUCGGUACAUAUUUCGCCUCUCUAUACAGCAUUUUUGUCUUGAUAGUUCGUUCACCAGGAGUUGGGACAUGGCUCCGCCUUCAUCACGUGGUACGCGACGAUGCUAUUUCGCUAUUUUUGAGAGAAGGAUGUGAACAAUCUUGAAAGAAGUUGUUAUUUUGGCGAUCGUAUGACAAAAAUAUUUAUUUCGCAAUCUUUAUGUACAUUUUUAUAACA